GAUCUUACAAAUCUCGAUUGUAUUAAAUUUUCUCAUUCCUAAAUAUACAACACAACUAUCGACAAUAUCGUUUUUUUUACACUACGAUGGUCGGCGAACGUGUGUUCUGUGAACAUGGAGUAUCAUAAAGACUCGUAUAAUUAUUCGCGUUGACAACAGGAUUUCGUUGUCGUAUUAUCAUCACAAUCAUUAAAUUACCAACCAGGCAAAUCUGUAAAAAUCCAUAAAUACCACUUGCUACUUUAUUCAAAUAAUAAUAUUGCCGUCAAGUGACAAUAGUGUCCUGUGUGUUCAUCUUAAAAAAAAAUUUCAAUAUCUGUGUGCUAUUUCUCCAAAGAGUGUUACAAAUUGUCAAACAUCAGUGUUUAUUUAUUAUUAUCAUUGUUAGUUAUUACAUUUAUAUAACAACCAAGUCAAAUAAUUUCAUUAGUGUUUUAUAGUGCUCAUCGAUUAUUUUAAAUAAUUAUUUAUUAGUAAAUAUAAUAUCCCAAGCAGUUUUUCGUGUACGCGCUAUUGAUCCUGAAAGACAAAGGAACUGCAAAGAAAACUAAAGAUUACUCUUGUCUAGAAUGACCAGAUUGAGGAGCAGUAAAAUAAAGUGUUAGAGGAUACGUAAAAAAAAAAGUUAAGUAAAGGUACUGAUGAUUAAUUAAUCUGUGACCCACGUUGAAUGUGGGGUACGAUAUCGCGGCUGUUCGCGACGAAACCAAGGUCAUCGGUCAGGACACCAGAACCCGGUGAGGAAGCCGUCGCUGCUGAGGAGGAGGAAGGGAAUUAUUAUAAUAAUAGUGAUCCUGCGUGUAAAAAUCUAAACGACGUGCCUCAGGCUGAGCUGGCUGUCCAUGUUUUCGAAUCGAUGGACCGUAACAUGGGAGACGACCGACGUCCAAAGGGUGGUCCUGGUGAUCAGCAUGGAGUUACCGAUAAUGAAAACUUCUCCGACGCUUAUGACAAACGUCAGGCCAAACAACGUGCCUCCGUGAAAUGGCUCCUCUCGAAGGCGUACAACAAUCGCGUGCCCGACAAUCUUCGCGAGCCUUACUAUCGUGAUCAUGAGGAACAAGAGCAUUUGAAACCACAAAUUGUCCAUGCGUUAUCAAAUGCUGAGCUCUAUUGUCUUGCAUUGGCGAAUAUUUAUUCGGACCCAAAUUACCACAAUCAAAAUCACUGGGGAAUAUUACAAGCGCUGGCGAGGAAAGGCGUCUAUGUGGCCGAGCCUAAUAAUUCUCAACUAACUGAGACAAUUCUUAUCCAAAAUUCACCAUUGAAAAUGUCUGCGCAUAUGGCUGUGAUAGAAGGAUUGAUGGUCUUGUAUGCAAAGGAAGUAGUGACAGGAGACCGUGUAGUAGCGGCGAUUCGACGAUUUGAUCCUGAACCAGAAGUUGAAGUACCUAGUGACCAUGAAAAGGGCUUACUUAUGUGGAUAAGUCAUGCCUCGCAUGCAUUAAUCGUUAAAAUACAAACGGAAGAAGGCGCCGGAGACAAGACGCGACUGCCUGAAUUACCUCCAGCCAAGGACUUCCAGUCUUUGUGCGACGGUGUGGGUUUGGCCGCCGUUGUGGCCUUCUACUGUCCCGGUGAGCUCAACUGGAUGGAUAUCAAAGUGUCGAAAAGACCCUCUGUCGCCGAUGCACUCCACAAUCUUUCACUUGUUCAUAAUUUUUGCAUAAGAUGCUUGCCCUACUCUAUUUUUCAUAUGCAACCUGAGGAUGUCACUUACAUGAGAGGAUCUAUGAAACAAAAUUUACUCGUUUUUCUUGCGGAUAUGUACAACGUACUUGAGAUACAUCCCGUUAAAUGUGUGCGUUAUCCCGGAGAAGAAAGAGCGAUGCAGUAUCUCGAUGCUUGCCCGCGCAAUAGCCACGGGGUAGCUCAUAAACGAAGUCUACCGCAGGCUAUAGCUCCAAUUCCUGAUCUGAGAAGCAACCUCUCUGUGUCCGCGCCAGGUUUCACAGUUGCGAAACCUAUACCAUCAAGUUCUGUAAGGAAAUCACAGUCACUUCAACAAACUGCUGAAAGUCAUUCUUAUGAUGAGAGACGUGGUGGAUCAGAAGAAAAUUUUAUAGUACAUAAGAAUCGUGGUAUACCGACAUUAAGUUCCGUAAUAGAUGAUAGAUAUAAUAGUACAGCUGCUGGACGGCCGAGUAAUUGGGAAGAUCAACGAAGAAGUUCAUAUGCAGGAAGACGUUCGCGACGUAACAGUGUGACAGAUGAUUCUCAAUUGACAAUUGAAAAUUUCGGUGGAUCUCAGGACAAUUUACAUAACUUUGGAUGUGUGAGAAAUCCCGAUAAAGAGCUAGUGCACACGGGUAAGCGUACUGCCACAGAACCCACGCUUCCAGCGCGCUCGAGUGUCCAAGAUGUUUACGGUAGCGAUGUCCAGAACAUUUUAUCUGACAAUGGUUACGCCAACGACGAGCCACCAACGAGAUUACGUCGGCAGAUAUCUAAUUCCAGUUUAAAUAACUCAAGUCACAAAAAUAUUUUACAUUCCACGGAUAAUAAUGAUAACACUGACUGCGAAAUAAAAUCAUCAACCACCAACACAUCAGCUAGUGCUACUAAAAUGUCGAGUUUUGCGAAUUUGACCCAACAUAGUUCGGAAAAAAGUAUUAAUUUCAAGUACACGGAACAACAAGAUCAUGAUCAUGAACUCAGUGGUAACAAAAUAAAUUAUAAUAAUAAAAAAUAUGGACAAAGUAACGGCAAUGGAAUUGGUGAGAAGAAAACGACAUUUGCUACUUUGCCCAACACGACAACGUGGCAACAACAGAGUGCACAACAAUCACAACAAUUGGAACAACAAUCGACUGAUGAAAAUGGCGGCAAUACAAUCAUGUAUGCCUCGCAAAUAAACAACAUAAGAAUGAAGUUAGAGGAAAAACGUCGGCACAUUGAAAAUGAAAAAAGAAAAAUGGAAGUUGUUGUAUCGAAACAGCGGCAGAAAGUUGGAAAAGCGGCUUUUCUUCAAGCAGUGACGAAGGGUAAGGUUAAAUCUCCUUCCUCAUCAACAUCCGGCGGUGACAGUCCUGUGGAGCAUGGUCCUCCUACUCCAUUGUCCUCUGGAUCCGCUGGUGAUACCCCAACAAGUGUUACCGAGACUACGUCAUCGGUAUCGCAACAAAACGCCCAAGAAAAACCGCAGCGUCCUUUUUCAUUGAAGGAAAUUACUGAAGAUAUUCAUGAUGUCGAGCACAAGUGGUUGGAGCAAGAUGGUAGCGCGCCAUUUACUGAAACUCGUCGUACUCCUGACAUUGAGAAUAUGGAUUUUGAUCAAUGCCAGCAAUCAAUAUCACACAUGAACUCCAGCUUGAGUGAAAUCCAAGCAGACAUUCAGCGUCUAGCGAGCCAGCAAAACCAAAUUCAACAGCAGCAUCUGAUGAACCAGCAGCAACACCAAAUUCACCAGCAAUUGCAACAGCUCCAGAGUUUAAGUCAGCAGCAUCUUCAGAGCUACGGCAUGCCGCCGAUAAAUCCAAUGACUCCGCGACUUCAAGACCCGCAACCAGGACAAUUUUACUUGCAUGACCAGCCGCAGCAAAUGCAGAGAAGAACCUGGGGCCGACCGGCACAGCAACAAAAUUUGGUUAACGAAAUGGCCUCUGUGGGUCACUAUCAGCAACAACCGGUUGUGGACACGCACUACAGCCCCCAGCCAGUUGCCGCAGCUUCUGUUAUAUACCAGCAAGAUCCUCGUCUGUAUCAAGACACAAGGACCUGGGGUAGUGGUGCUCUGCCUCAGCAAAAGGGCUUUGUUCUGCAUGACAACACGCAAGACCAACAGCAGUAUCAGCCAAGGUAUAUAAAUGGUGGUGACCACAGUCUCUGCAACAGUCAAAUGCAUCAACAAAUAUCUAAUUAUCCGUCAGCUGCACUUUUUAAUCAAACCCAACCUACGGCUGCUAGUCCUCAACAUCGUAAUGCCGUUCAUCGGAUAAGUCAACUGAUAAACGAAAGUCCAGAGACUAAAAAAUCAACAGUACAUCAUGUACCGAUUACUUGUGAAAGUCCUACGGAUAAACGUCAAAAUAAUAUUAAUAUUCAUGCUCCUGUACCAGCGCCACCAGCCGACGACAUGGAACCACAAAAUAUAUCAUUUAUUGGUAAUGAUGAAGAUUUCGCACAAGGAAUUAAACGACUACAUAUCACAUCAGGAAGUCGCACAUACAGAAUAGCAUCACCAACAAAAACAACAAUAUCUCGUAAUUCAUUUCAACCUCAUUCGUCAUCAUUACGUGAAGCAUCUCCGUCACCUACAUCAGCAAUUUCACCACCGGAAAUAACACCAUUGGACUCAUCUGAUGCUGGAGAAAAAGGAUUUUAUAUAUCAUUUGACAAUGAUGGGCCAAAGAAACCAAAACCUGCAUUGAGAGUGAAAAGAUCACCCAAAAAAGAACGAACUGUUUCGUCAUUCAUUGAACAGGAAGACUUUACAGCACGUCCUGAAUCGCCGCCAGCCAAUGCUGUAGAUCGGCAACGACAGCAAGAAGCUCAGCGUGACUUGGAUCGAGAACGUCAACGUCAAGCUGAAGAACGCGAGUAUCAUCGUCAGGAGAUGCGGGACCGCGAGUUGCGUCGGGAGAUAGACAAAGAACAGCGGUCACGUGAAGACAGACUCCAUACUAACAGUGAUAGCCGACAGAAUCCAGCUGGUGCUGUUGGUUUGGUUAUCGGCAAUCAGCUUGCCAACCCCGACCCCAAUUCUAUCGACGAAAUGGAACGUAAGAAGGAACGUAUUAUGCUGUUGUCGUUGCAGCGACGGCAGCAGCAAGAGGAAUUGAAAGAACGUAAAGAAGCUGAGGCCCAAGCGCGCCGGGAACAAGAAAAAAUGAAGGAAGAAGAACGGGCGAGGAAAAAAGAAGACGAUCGACAGAGAAGAGCUAUGAUUCUGGAACAACAUAAAUUGAAAAAAGCUAUCGAGGAAGCUGAACGUGAGGGUAAAGUUAUUGAUAAAGAACUUCUUAAUGCCAUAAAACCAACUCCUAAAUUACGUAAUAAGACUGCAUCGGCUCGUCCACGACCGAAAACAAUCCACGUUGAUCAGAGUUCGGAACUCGAUUCCGGAGCUCUGACGCCUAGUCGCGGGAAGAAAGGAUCUUCCUCCAACCUCAGUACAGCGACGCUGAUCUCACCAACGAUGAAACGAGAUUACUUCAGAGGCUCGCAGGACACUCUUACUGCUGCCCAUUUCGACGACCGGCGAGCCGGCCUCUUCUCUAGGGGUGGCAGUCUCAAGGUAUCUUCUGUAGACUCACCCGAUGACGGUAGAGGUUGUUCUCCCUGUCGAAGCUCAACUCAACUCGGCCGCCGGGGAUCAUACAAAACUUCACGAGAUACGCAGGAGCCUCAGCAACAGCCUAGAGGCAGGCCUAAAUACUCAACUUACCAAAACUUUAAGGGAAGAAAGUCAAAUUCGUUGAUGAAUUUGUGUGAUACGGACAGUGGUCUGGGCCGUGCGACUCCACCUAGAAGAGCGCCGAGUCCCGGAAUGGGAAGUACCAAACACUUGCCAUCGCCCUCGGGUCCUGGAUCUCUGCCGCCUGGUCUCAUGUCAAAGCGAAGAUUUGACGACGGUAGCAGUGAUAUCAGUAGCACGCCUAGCUCUAUGAUGGAGUACAAUGGUCCUCGAUUGUACAAACAACCAGCCACGAAAUCGAACCGCGGAAUAAUGCUGAAUGCCGUCGAGUAUUGUGUAUUCCCUGGAACGGUUAAUAAAGAAGCUAAGAGACGCGUAUUGGAAGAAAUCGGACGAUCUGAGAGUAAACAUUUUUUGAUACUCUUCAGAGACGCUGGUUGCCAAUUUCGCGCACUUUAUUCUUAUUGUCCUGACAGAGAAGAAGUUACUAAAUUAUGUGGCACUGGACCUAAACAAGUUAUUGAUAACAUGUUUGAUAAAUUUUUCAAAUACAAUUCUGGUGGUAAAUGUUUCUCUCAAGUGCACACAAAGCAUCUGACUGUAACCAUAGAUGCCUUUACGAUACACAAUAGUCUUUGGCAAGGUAAAAAAGUUAACUUACCAAAUAAAAAGGACAUGGCUCUCGUCAUAUAGUUUACAUACGAUAAAAAAAUUUACCUCUAACGUCAUAAAAGUAAAAAUUAACGUCUCCGUUAUAGUUUAUAUUUUAAUACAGACCCAUACGUUACGUUUUUUAUUUAAUGAAUAUUCAUUUAAAUAACAUUAUCUUAUUAAAAAUAAAUAUACACAUGCAUACAUGAUGUUAUUUAAAUAUAUAUAUAAAUUUAAAUAUUUACAACUGACAGAGUUAAAUUAUAAUAUUCAUGGCCUUGUUUAUAAUCUUAAUGUAUUUUUUACUACUCAUUGUAUCGCGAUAUUAAUUAACACGAUCUUAUUAUUUAAUGAUAUUAAUAUCAACAAUAGGAAUUGUAUGGUAUCUUAUUAAUAAAUAAAUAUUGCGCGGACUAACAGCAUUAAUUGUUUGUGAUUAUUAAAUCGUCACAGCAAGUGCUAAUUAAAGGAUCACAAUAUAUAUAAUUUUUUUAUUUUUAAAAAAAUCCACGAGCUUCACUAUUUUUUUUUAUUUUAUUUUUUAUUUUUUUUUAUUAAGAUUUUUGGCCAACUUGAUAACAAACUUCCAAUUAGUAAAUAAUGACAGUGUAUUGUAAUUUAUCACUUAUUAUUUAGUUAGACUGUUGAGAUCAGAUCAGAAUUAAAAGUAUAAUAAUUAUGAUUUU